CUCCCGAGUACUCCCUGGAGCAUAGCCCCCUGGGAGGGGUGUGGGAGGGCGGGGCCUCUGAGAAGCCUCGUGUUGACCUGUGUUCUUCUUGGUGCCCCCUUCCAGGGACAAGGGGACAGAUGGCUCUCUUCCUCCCUGCCCCCGGCUCAGCCCCCCUCACUAGUGUGCCACCUCUGGCUUCUGGUGGCAAUCGCCUGAAGUUCUGAGCCCAGGACCGGCAGCAGCGGAGGAGGAGGAAGAAGGCAGGUCCCAGAAGCUUGGGCAUCUUCCUGGUGGGAGAAGAGGAGCCAAGCGGGGGGGAGCAGGCCGAGGGCUCCCGGAGCCUAGGCCGGGCCGGCACCCAGCGGGCAGCGCCCCUGAAGGCCACCAGCCGCUGGCACUGGCAGUGCCCACCUCACCUGAGGCUCCGGAGCUGGGGGUCGCCCCCAAGAUGGUGGCGGCCCCGGGGAGGACUGUGCUGCGGAACCCAACCUCCGAUCGCUGCUAGGCGCCUUCCCCACCCAGCCCCUGCGCCCCUUACCCUGUGGCCGGCCCUCGAGGGGGCUCGGGCCGCCGCAGUGGGCGUCAUGCUGCGCCUGGGGUUGUGCGCUGCCGCGCUGCUGUGCGUGUGCCGGCCGGGCGCGGUGCGCGCCGACUGCUGGCUCAUCGAGGGCGACAAGGGCUAUGUGUGGCUGGCUAUCUGCAGCCAAAACCAGCCCCCCUACGAGACCAUCCCGCAGCACAUCAACAGCACCGUGCACGACUUGAGGCUCAAUGAGAACAAGCUCCGGGCCGUGCUCUACUCCUCGCUCAGCCGCUUUGGGAACCUCACCGACCUCAACCUCACCAAGAACGAGAUCUCCUACAUCGAGGACGGCGCCUUCCUGGGCCAGGCCAGCCUGCAGGUGCUGCAGCUGGGCUACAACCGGCUCAGCAACCUGACCGAGGGCAUGCUGCGGGGCAUGGGCCGCCUGCAGUUCCUCUUCGUCCAGCACAACCUCCUCGAGGUGGUGACGCCGGCCGCCUUCUCCGAGUGUCCCAGCCUCAUCAGCAUCGACCUGUCCUCCAACCGCCUGGGCCGCCUGGAUGGCGCCACCUUCGCCAGCCUGGCCAGCCUGAUGGUGUGCGAGCUGGCCGGCAACCCCUUCAACUGUGAGUGUGACCUCUUCGGCUUCCUGGCCUGGCUGGUGGUCUUCAAUAAUGUUACCAAGAACUACGACCGGCUGCAGUGUGAGGCGCCUCGGGAGUUCGCAGGCUACCCGCUGCUGGUGCCGAGACCCUACCACAGCCUCAACGCCAUCACCGUGCUGCAGGCCAAGUGCCGAAACGGCUCGCUGCCCAUCCGGCCCGUGAGCCACCCCACGCCCUACUCCACGGACGCCCAGAGGGAGCCCGAUGAGAAUUCAGGCUUCAACCCGGACGAGAUCCUGUCCGUGGAGCCGCCCGCCUCGGCCACCACGGACGCUUCCGCUGGGCCCGCCAUCCGGCUGCACCACGUCACCUUCACCUCGGCCACCCUGGUGGUCAUCAUCCCUCACCCCUACAGCAAGAUGUACGUGCUGGUGCAGUACAACAACAGCUACUUCUCGGACGUCAUGACGCUCAAGAACAAGAAGGAGAUCGUCACGCUGGACAAGCUGCGCGCGCACACUGAGUACACCUUCUGCGUCACCUCGCUGCGCAACAGCCGCCGCUUCAACCACACCUGCCUGACCUUCACCACGCGGGACCCCGUGCCGGGCGAUCUGGCGCCCAGCACUUCCACCACCACGCACUACAUCAUGACCAUCUUGGGCUGCCUCUUCGGCAUGGUCAUUGUGCUGGGCGCCGUCUACUACUGCCUGCGCAAGCGGCGCCUGCAGGAGGAGAAGCAGAAGUCCGUCAACGUCAAGAAGACCAUUCUAGAGAUGCGCUACGGCGCCGAUGUGGACGCCGGCUCCAUCCUGCACGCUGCCCAGAAGCUGGGCGAGCCCCCCGUGCUGCCCGUCUCCUGCAUGCCCUCCCUGCCCUCCAUGAUCGGGGAGAAGCUGCCCUCCGCCAAGGGUCUCGAGGCGGGCCUGGACACGCCCAAGGUGGCCACCAAAGGCAACUACAUCGAAGUGCGCACAGGCGCCGGUGGGGACAGCCUGGCGCGGCCCGAGCGGGACCUCCCCGACCUGGAGAACGGCCAGGGCUCAGCUGCCGAGAUCUCCACCAUCGCCAAGGAGGUGGACAAAGUCAACCAGAUCAUCAAUAACUGCAUCGACAGCACGCACAAGAUCUGGGAGCGCUUUCGGCCCUACAAGAAGCACCCCCGCGAGGAGGUGUACGUGGCCGCGGGCCACGCCCUGCGCAAGAAGGUCCAGUUCGCCAAGGACGAGGACCUGCACGACAUCCUCGAUUACUGGAAGGGGGUCUCGGCCCAGCAGAAGCUGUGACCCUCUCCUCCCCGGUGAGGUCGGAGGGGAGGG